AUGUUCUCUGUUGUGCGCCCCUUUUCUAGCUCUCAUAUUCCAAAGCUAGCUGCUCGGCAGAUUUCACAACGCACAUUUCUUAGACAAGGCUUUGCGCACUUCAAUUCCACAUCCACCAAGUCCCGCCGUUUUCGAGUCUCAUAUUUUUGGUACGGGCUAUGCCUCGCCUUUGGUGCAAGCGCCGGCUACGCAGUAUCCUCCUUCGCAGCCCCAUCUCCACUUCCAGUGCCCGGCUCUCGUGAAGAUCAAUUAGCCCUCGAGGCGCUUGCUUUGGACAUCGAUUCGCUGGAGAUCGUGAAGGCGUUGCGCGCCGAGGGCUACCAUUUACAUGCGGAUACGCCAUUGAAUGAGAUCGGGAAGGGCCACCGAGGAUGGAUGGAGCUAGAUGUCAAGAGGAAUAUGACAGAGGCUGCAUUAGAUAAGGAGCGGCCAUCGCGGACGUUGACCAUGGAGUCGAUGGCUGGUGCACAAGGUCUAGGAGUGCAACGAGUCUUUUGGAAUUCCGAAACCCGGGAAUUGGUUGCUGUGGUCUGGAUGGGAGCUGCACUUUCUGGUUGGCCUGGGUUAGCGCAUGGAGGAGCGAUUGCUAUCGUCUUCAAGGAUGCAAUGCUGAGGCUCGUUGCUGGGCCUAAUGUCCCUGUCGACUCGAUUCCGCCACCCUCGUUUAUGAGUGUAACAUACGCUCGACCUACCCCGAUCCUCAACUACUACAUUCUUCGCGCCUCGUUUUCUACCCCAGACAUCCCACAACAGGCGCCUGCGCCCAAGCCUACGCCCGUCGGGAAGUCUACAACUAGCGGUCCUGCACCAGCUGUCGAAGUUAGUGCCACACUUGAGACGCUCGAAGGGAAGGUGUGUGUGAGAGCUAAGGGUACAUUUCCAAGAUCUGGCGGCCCCUAA